UCUAUCCUCUCCACAAAAAGUUCAAUGGAUCUGCAGCAAGUAAUGGAGCAUCAACAAUUCGACGACGCCGUCCCGAGCAGCAUGAUCUGGCCGUUAGAGGCAGACAGCGGUUUCACCGACGAGCUGCUGUCUUUGCAGUUACCGGACCUGGACCUUGACUUCGACAUCCACGAGUUCUCCGGACCGGCAACGGCACCGGCGAAAGCGGCCUCCUCGGGUGGCUCCGGAUUGGUUGGUUCCGGUUCAGGAUCGCAUAAGAAGCUCAGCCACAACGCGUACGAGCGCGACCGGCGGACGCAGCUCAAUCAGCUCUACUCGACUCUCCGUUCUCUCAUCCCCAACGCAGAUCACACUAAGAAGCUGAGCAUUCCGACGACGGUGUGUCAGGUCCUCGACUACAUACCCGAGCUGCAGAAGCAGGUCGAGGAUCUGGAGAAGAAGAAACAGGAGCUCACUAGAGCCAAAUGCAGAGAAAGACUGCAGCGCGUCAAGGACAACACAGGUCGUAUUGUUUCUGCCACUCCUCUCGAUGGCAACGAAAUCAUGGUCCAGGUUAGCCUGCUUAGUAACAUGGCUGCAAGUCUUCCUCUGUCCAAGUGCAUAAACGUAUUUGAGAACGAAGGCCUUCACCUCAUCAGUUCAUCGACUUUCUCCACCGAGGUCAAUAGAACAUUCUACAGCUUCCACUUUGAGGUACAUUUUUACAUGCGCCCUUCAUUUCCUGUUAAUACUCUACUAACAUGGUAGACGACACAAAUGCGAGAGAAUCAUCUUUAAUGCGUUUAAAAGUGUCAGUCUUAUGCAAAUAUAUUUUAUAUUUUUUACUCUUGUUAACCCACCCCCUUUCAUUGCAUAAUACAAGGUAUUUUUAACAUUGGCACGUUGAUAAAGGUGUAACCUUUAUUUUCCCCACACAAAAAAAAAACUUAACCUUUAUUUUGUAUAUGAAUAUAGAUGAUGUUCCUAAAAGA